AUGAUUGUGCAAGACUUAAUUAUCGAUUUGGGCUUACCAUUAUCGGUGGUCGAUCAUCCAGCUUUUCUACGUGCUAUGAACAUUGCCGAUCCGCGGCUUACCGUUUUGUCUCGACGCACACUUUGUCGUGAAACAAACCUAACAUUUCUUUUGGGACCACAUACUGGUGAUAACUUACGCCAACGACUUGAAGAUACUAUUGCGGCCUUUGAUAUUGAAGACAAAUUUGUCCGAAUUGCUACAGACAAUGCAUCAAACAAUCUUAGAGCAUUCGAUGAACUUGUCAUACCUGGCUUUGAAGUUUAUUUCGAGCCUGAAGAUGACGAUGUUGAUCCAGUUGAGAAUGCCGAAAAACAUGCUGUUGAUCGUACUGAUCUUAUUCUAACAGCUUGCGACAUUCUUAGUCUUCAGGAAUUUGCAAGUGUUUUUGCUUUAUACGCUGAAGCUACAACCCGCGCACAAGCUGACAAAACUGCUUCCAUUUCAUUAGUGGCACCAAGUAUUCUCUCAAUUUAUUUCGAUCUCGAACGUGAACGUACCAAUUGCGAAUACCCUGGGCCACUCUGUCGUACAUUAGUAAAUUCUUUAUGCGAACGAUUUGGCCGUCUUCUUGAACGAUGCGAAAUUUUCGCUGAUAGCAGCAUUAAGAUGAAGAAACGGUCUACACCCGAUCUUUUCUUGGUUGCUUCUUUCCUUGAUGGUCGUUUCAAGUUCAACUGGAUUCUCGCUUCUGAUCUACUUGAUUCAACAAAAGAACGAUUAAUAAACACGAUGAAAACACUCGUUCUAAAAGCUGCGUUACAAUUACAUGGUUCACUGAGUUAUAUCUCAGAAACAAAUAUGGAACCAUCUAUUAGUGAUCAUUGUGGUACGGUGGAUGAAUCGCUGAGUAACUUGCCAAACUUCAAGAGGAAACGACUAUUUUCUGGUUAUGAAGGACAAAAAGCAUCAGGAAAGAAAAAACGUUCGUGCAUUUUGGAAUCGAUUGAAAGCGAAAUUUCCAUGUUUGAGAAAGAAGAUGGCGACGAUUCCAGUUUGGUCUUGGAAAAGAAAAAUACUUAUUCAUACCUACAGAAGCUUGCGACUAAACGGAAUAUUAAUGCGUCCUCAUCGUGGUCGAUUAUCGAAGAAUGUGCUUUCAGUACUUACUUUAUUGAAAUGUAA